AUGACUGAGCCUCAUGAUCGACUUCCUGCCCCCACACCUCCACCGUCGCGCCCUUCCUGUAUACAGCGCCAGGCCUCCAAGAUGUUCGCUUUCUGCGCUACGACGAUGCCCGUGUCAUCUCUCCUCUACCGGCUGCAUCUGUGUGCUGCCUUGGCGUUGGAGCGAUUGUACGGCAAGUAUCGACACGCAAGCAAGCAAGCAAAUCAGAUUAAGCUGCAGCAAAGACGAUCAAACCUCGCCGGUGGUGGGUAUGGCUUCUUCUGGGCCACAGCGAUCCAAGAGCGAUCCUCCUCCGCCGAUCAUGGUAGAAGAUAUGGAAACUGGAGAUGGGCCGCUGCCGAGUCCAAGUCCGUCGAAGAUGAAUCAGCAUUCACCACCUACACGACGCGAUCAGGCUUCGACGGCGCCGAAACCUCUCCCCUCCUCCGCAACCGCGAACCACGCAAGCCGACACUGGGCCACCGCCGCAAACACAGCCCCAACCUCGAAUGGCGCGAGAAAUGGACGCCCGAGAGCUGGAAGUCGGGUCGCGUGCUGCUCAUCGACUAUGUCGACAAGGCUCACAGUCCAGAAGGCAAGAUGAAGGUUGUGGCCCAGGAGUUUUGCGAUAUCGACAGUCUCCGACGCUUUUACGGCAAGGAAGAUCUCUCUGCGCAGGCGGCAUUGCGGGUUAUUCACGUGCAAAACGCGCGCUGGGCCACGCGGUUUCUGCUGCGCAAGUACAACAUUGAUGCUAAUGAUGAUCUGGUUGGCACGACGUUUGGCCGUUGGGCAGGAUAUGACAAGCCUCAGCAGCGCGGCGGGAAGCCCGUUCUCAAUGGCAGAACCUUCCGCGCCCAACGCGAUCCCUGGCGGGGCAUCUCUCGCACAGCCUUUGGCAUCGAUUACCUCAAGCAAUAUCCCCGGGGCACUGUUCGCGACGAGGCGUUGAAUCAGAAGCCGAUAAUGGAACUCAACCAUUACAAUGAAGACGAUCAGCCGGCUCAUGGCUUCGAUGUCUAUGUUCAGCGGCUGAGCGUCUACGUGCAGUUGAGCGAUGGGAAAUCGGGACAAGCGGUGGACCCGGAUAUUCCGAAUCCGUACAAUGAGGAGGCGUAUGAGGAGUAUCAAAGACUGAAGAGGCACUAUGGCAAUGUAGACGCGAAUGAGCAUCGGGAAAUGUUUGUGCCCCAACUGCGGACGUUGGAUAAUGGCAAUACGAUUAUUUUGUUCGAGGGUUCCGUGUCGGGGAGUGUAAAGGACACGUUGAUUGGGGCGAGGCAGGAGCUCGAAUCGAGAUGGCGACGCCUUACCUUUUACCUUCCACGAGAGGAAAUCGACAACGACGAUUCCGUUGCAAUCCAAUGCAUGGACUUUGUUCUCAAGGAUGUAUUCAAAGCCAUAGCCUAUAAUUGGGACAAGUUUGUCGCUGUUUGCGAAACCCAUGUCAGUAUCCUAGAAGACAAAAUCUACGAAAAUCCGGCUGAUGAAUCUCGUGCCCCUGAACUCUGGAAAAACAGCGCGCAAUGGCUCAAGGUAGAACGUCUCAUUUACAUCCAUGUCGACGUCUCGCAAGAAACUCGCGGCUAUCUACACGAACUGUUUGGCUCUGACCCACACGACGACACCCCCUGGCUCGGCAACGCACCCGACGACCUUGACAAGCUCACUGGACAGUGGGAGCGCGACAUUGUCGGUCCCACGACCGCCCUGUCAGACCUCAUGUACAAGAGCGUCGGCAUCCGCGACGCACGUCACUCCCUGCAACUGGGACUCAGCAUGUGGCGCCUCAGCUGGAUCACCUUCAUCUUCCUCCCGCUCACCUUCACCGUCGGCUUCUUCGGCAUGAACGUCGACGUGUUUGCCGCGAACCCGCAGAUCAAAUGGUGGUUCAUCACCAGCGUCCCCGUCCUCCUCACCGUCCUCGUCCUCUGGUACGCCGUCAAACACAGUCUCUCGCGGCAGCGCCAGAACCCGCUGCGCAGAGGCGUCUACGAGGCCCUCUACUACGAAUUCGCAACCGAGCACGCCGAGCUGUGGACGAGGGGCGGGCCGCGCGAGGACGUGGUGCCGGUUGGGUGGGCGAAUGCGCUGCGCUGGCGCCUGUUGACGACGUGGUUUGGCGGCGACAAGUUGAGACUUGUGCGCCGGACGGAUCCUGCGACGGAGGAGUUUGGCACUUGGAGUCGCGUCAAGCGGUAUUUGGCCAAGCGCUGGUUGGAUGAGCUGGUGAUUAUGCCGCAGGGGUCGCCGCUGCUGCCGCCGGGGUCGGGGGGAAAGGGAGGGUCUGGUGGUGGUGGAAGUGGAAGUUCUGGUGCUGACAAGGACACUGAGCCUCUGGAUUUCAUCCCUUUUAAGGAAUUGCGCAUGCAGCAGUCUCGGCAUAGGCUAGGCGCGGUGGGCGAUUUGCUUAGCAUAGCGACCCCGGUUGCGAUUGCUGAGCUCGAUCCUACGGCUGCGAGUCGCAUGGCUGGUGGUAGCAAUGGCGAUAGCAAUGGCGGUGGUGGUGACAGUGGCAGUGGCGCUGGCGCUGAAAGUGGAAGCAAAGGUGGAAGUGGCAGUAACGAUGCAGUCGCACAUAUUAAACCCAAUGGCAACACAGCGAUCACACGACCCCGUCCCCCCCGCGACCACCGCAGUCUCGGUCCGGCGCCGGGCCAGAAGCGGCCGGGGAGUAGUGCGGGGAGUAGUGAGGGUGGGGUUAUGGUGGAGGAGAAGGGGGUUAGUGAGGAUGAGGGGAGGGGGGGAGGAUUGGGGGGUACGGGGGAUGAGGGUAGAGGGCGGGGGUAG